AUGGACUUCCAGAACCGCGUGGGCUCCAAGCCCGGCGCAGGGGGCGUCGCGUCCGAGUCCCAGAGCAAUGUCGACCGUCGCGAGCGCCUGCGGAAGCUCGCGCUCGAAACUGUCGACCUGACGAAAGACCCGUACUUUAUGAAGAACCACUUGGGCUCGUACGAGUGCAAGUUGUGCCUCACGCUGCACAACAACGAGGGCAAUUACUUGGCCCACACACAGGGCAAACGCCAUCAGACGAACUUGGCCCGACGCGCAGCAAAAGAAGCCGCCGAAGCGGCCCACUCCACUGCUGCGGCGAACCUCCAGGCUGCCAGGGCCGCCGCUGCAGCCGCUGCGGCGCGACCUCGCGCGUUAAAGAUUGGACUGCCAGGCUACAAGGUCACGAAACAGCGGGACCCGGACACAGGGGCGCGGAUCCUGUUGUUUCAGGUCGCGUACCCGGAGAUUGUCGACAAGAUGCAGCCUCGCCACCGGUUCAUGUCGGCUUUUGAGCAAAAGGUCGAGGCGCCGGACAAGCGAUGGCAGUAUUUGCUGUUUGCAUGUGAGCCGUAUGAGACGGUGGCGUUCAAGAUCCCCAACCACGACGUCGACAAGAGCGAGGGCAAGCUCUUUAGCAAUUGGGACAAGGUCGGCAAGACGUUUACGCUGCAACUGACGUUUGCAGAGGGCAAUGCAGCGAGCAAGAACCCACCAGCGCCACCGCCACCUCGCCCGCAGCUACGGUAUCUCUAG